AUAAGUACCAUCUAAUGGUCAAUUAAUAUAUUUAAUUAGCAGACGUAAAUUGUAAUCAAAUAUAUGUGUGGCAUGAUUGUUGCUGGGUUCGAGAAUAAUUUACUUUGUCCAUUUUAUUGGCCGUAUAGUAAAAACAGCCACUUAUAUGCCGGCUGGCCCCUUAAAAAAUACAAGUGACAAAAGGCCAUUCAAAUCUCAAAUUCAUCUAAAUGUUAAAAGGCUUUAAAAUGAUCUUUGAAUGUUCACUGAACCUAAAUUCCAUUAUUCGUAUGCUUUUGGAAGUUGUAGUUAGCUUAUGACAAAUAAAUGCCAGUUGCUGUAUUUUUGCCGUGUAUUCCCAAACUAUACAUAUUCGUCAAAGAAUGGGCUUUGCUUAAUGCUGUGUCCAUCCGCAAACCAUGUUUUUGCUUUUGCGCUUGUUUCUCUGUACGUUUAUCAUUCAACCUUGUUUUAGCUACCCCGUCGAACCAAUAAGUUUCUCCUUCACCUCAUUCAAUCAAGAAAGUUGCAACACUGGACAGCUUAUCUGCAUGGGUUCUGUGACUGCAAGCGAUGGAUACUUGAGUAUAACACCGGAUCCACAGCAAGGCAAAGGCAAUUCAACCUCACAACCUCUACCACUAAACAAUGUUGGUCGGGUUCUCUACUCCCACCCUUUGCUUGCCUGGCCGGCCAUUAUCUCGACCACCUUCACUGUAAGGAUUUCCGCCUUUUCAAACUCAACGGGCUCUGGUGAUGGAAUGGCAUUUGUGUUCGCACCAGAUCAUAGUCCCUCACCACCUGAUAGCUAUGGCUCUUAUCUCGGACUCCUUGAUCGAUCACCCCCAGGUGGUGUUGUUCGGCAACUAGCCGUGGAGCUCGACACCUCCAUGAAUGAUUUCGAUCCAGACGGAAACCACGUUGGAAUUGACACAAGAAGCAUUAUACAUCCGUUUGCAGCGAAGAGUCUUAACAGCACCGGCAUUGACCUCAAAAGUGGAAGAGACAUCAAGUGCAAAAUUGAUUAUGAUGGUUUGAGUAAUAUGCUUCUGGUUUCAAUGGGAUAUUCCGGAAGCCCCUUGGUCACCGUUCUCGGCCGUUCAAUAGUAAUGUCUGAAACUGUUCCAAGCUCUGUUUUUGUGGGAUUUACGGCAUCAACUGGAACUUUCCCGGAAAGUCAUCAGGUCAUUGAUUGGGCAUUUACAUCAGUGCCAUUGUCAUUCCCUUCCCUCAACAAAAGCCUUAAAAAAGAUGACAAAAUUAAGACUGUAUCCAUCAUUGCCGCUCCAAUUUUCAUGGCUUUGUUGAUUAUAGUGAUUUGCGUCUUUCCAUCAGUGCUAAGAAAGCUGAAGAAGAGGGUUAAAAAGUUAGAGGAUAUCGAAAGUCGAUCGAGGAAUGCUGCAAAUCUCCCGAAGAUGUAUACUUACAAGCAACUUUCAAAGGCUACUCACAACUUCAGCAAGGAAAACCUGUUGGGCAGGGGUGGAUUUGGGAGUGUAUACAAAGGCACCAUCUUUGAUCCUCCGAAGACCAUAGCUGUGAAGAAGAUCUCGGCAACCUCAAAACAAGGUGAAAGGGAGUACAUGGCAGAGAUAUGCACAAUAGGGCGUCUUAGGCACAAAAACUUAGUGCAACUCCAAGGUUGGUGCCAUAAGCGGGAGCAUCUCCUCUUAGUGUACGAAUAUAUGUCGAAUGGUAGCCUGGACUGUUUCAUCGGAAUAGGAUUUCUCGACUGGAAAACGAGGUACAAGAUAUUAACAGGGCUGGCCUCGGCAUUACUAUACCUGCACGAAGAGUGUGGUAACCCUGUUGUUCAUCGAGACGUUAAGCCAAACAAUGUGAUGUUGGAUUCUGAUUAUAAUGCUCAUUUAGGUGAUUUUGGGCUCGCAAGAUUGCUCGAAAACGAUGCUUCUGUAACAACUGUGUUAGCAGGAACUCCAGGAUAUUUGGCCCCAGAAGUAGGCUACACGGGAAAGGCUACCCCAGUAUCGGACGUGUAUAGCUUUGGCAUGGUGGUACUAGAAGUUGUAUGUGGGAGAAGAUCAAAGGGUAUUAGGGGCGAAACUAGUUUAGUAGAUUAUGUGUGGAAUUCAUAUGGAAAAAAUGAGUUGCUCGAGGUUGUUGACAGAAAGCUUGAAGGUGAAUUUGAUGAGGAGGAAGUCAAGAGGACACUGAUUUUAGGGCUUGCAUGUUUGCACCCAGAUUCUAUGUUCCGACCUAAGAUGAGAAAAGUGGUGCAGAUCCUUCUGAACCCAAACGAGCCCCUGAUUAAGUUGCCUGAAACUCGACCUACUGGAGUGUAUAUAUCUGUAUCUUCUUCUGCUACUGCUUCCACAACCACUAAUUUUGGUUCUAAAAGUAGCUGUUCAUUGCUUCACUCACCCGUGACAUCCCCAAGUGAGAUUGAGGUUGAUCAGUAUGACUAGUUGCUGAUUACAUCAUACAUAAUGAAAUUGAUUAGCAUGAAUCACAUAUACACACUUGCAUUUCAAUUUUUUCUUGACAUUCUUUCGCCAUUUCGUCCUUGUCUUCUGGGUGUUUUACACAUGUAUAGAACAUAAUUAUUCACACAGUGGGAAAGAUUGA